CGCUCUCUAACUUUACUUUCAUACUUGCGGGCAAAAUUUAUACAACAAUCAAAUAACCGUUGUUUCAAACAAGUAUAUGGACAUGAAAAAAUAAACACUUCAAUUGAAAUGAGAGAAAAAGUACAUGGACAGACUGUGUACUGUCUCGCUACACACGAAAGGAAUUGGGAAUCCAUACAAUCAAUCAAUCUCACUCAUAAAACGAAAAAAAUAAGAAGAUGGCGACAUCCAAAUAGAAUCUACGAUCCAAGGUGAAUGUAGAAUGGUGGCCCGAGGAACAUAAAGCGUCCGAUGUAUCCAUCACACACAAGCUUUGGAUCGCCAUUAGUGUUAGAAACAAGGCCAUCCACUAGAGGGGCGUUUUUCUUUGAGUUGACAUCUUGAACUUCUUUACUGAACAUGCUUCAUCAAUCUGUUGGGGGGAUGGGAGAGACCUGUUCAUGCUCAAAAAUAACAAAAAUCAAAGGGUCAGAUAACACCCUGAUAGGGUUGUUCGUAGGGACAUUUGGGUCAGAAAGAAUAUCAUCAUCCCCAUUUUUGGAACUGUCUUGUGUGCCAUCCAGUUUAUCCCCAAGGGGUAUAGUGUGUGCAUCACCAAGGUGGGGUUCCAAGUAGUCACUUGCAACUUCAUUGGGAGGGGCAGUAGUGGCAUAAUCAUCUGAUUUAUCCACAUUUAAGAGACUCUCAUUUAAAGGGACAAUAUUUUUUGUAGUAGGGACAAUAGUUUUUGAGGCACUCUCAUUCACUACCUCACAUUUGGGGCCAGUAACAAUAGUUUUUGAGGCAAUAGUUUUUUUUGUAGUAGGGACAAUAUUUUUUGUGCAGGCUUCCUUGCCAUUUCCAUUAGCAGAGGUAAGAACCUCAGGGGCAUCAUUAGUGACAAUAGCAUAUGGAGCUAAGGGAGCAAAAGUAAGAUAAACCAGGGAUAACAGGAGUAAAUCCAGCAGCAAGUACAGCUCCAAACUCCAACCCGUAUGUUGCCCAAGCAAUUCUCAAAGUUCUGGAUAUAUCAACAGCCCAAACCCAACACAAAAACCCUUAAAAUUCAGCAGCAUUCCGUGAGAAAAAGGCCACCUGUGAAGAGGUUGUCACUGUCCAAAUCACAGGAAAUAGCCUUAAUUUCAGCAGCACGUAAAAUUCAGUCCAUUGCAGGUCAAAACAGCGGCUCCAGCAAACCUUUUAAGUUCCAAUUUCCUGCCCAGGCACACAGCAAAGUAGUUGGGCAGGUUGGAGGUCCAAACAUCAGCUUUCCUAGGGGUAAUAUCCAGACAGUAGUUUUCCAAGAGUACAAACAUCAGGUCCAAAUCAUUAUCACCCAUGGGCAUUGGACUGCUAGUGCAUUCAUAUGAAAGAUCAGACCAAAAUACCAAUUUAAUUUAACUGGCCACCACAUUGAACAAUCACAGGUCACGCACCAUAGCAAGCCAUCAAGAAAGAGCAACAUAAAUUGGUGCAAAAAUCCAGCAUCAAAAUCUCGAAGUAGUCUCGCCCAAUAAUCAACAAAAUAAAGCAAAAAGGAAAGGUCCAAUAAUAGCACAAAGUAGAAACAUAGUUCAUAUUGUGUACAGUAACCGCACACCCAAAAUCAGUCUUCAAUCACAAGAUUAUUCAUAUGGAAUUGUAAUCCAUGAUAAUACCUUGAUGGACGAUUUUCUCUAUCGGACAAGAGAUGGUGGUGAUAAAUGUUCUCUAUCAUACAAGAGAUGGCAGUGAUUUUGAAGAAGAUGACGGAAAUGUUCUCUAUCAUCUCUAUCGGAGAAAGAUAUUCUGAAGGCCGGGACGGGAUAGACCUAAUUGCCAAAUUGGGGGCACAUAUUAGUCGGGCAAUGAAAAAUCUGGAGGGAU